CUGGCCCCCUGGCUCCCUAACCCUCUGGCCCCCUAACCCUUUGGCCCCCUGGCCUCACCCCAGGGCCACUCCCCGCCCGUCGGAGCCACGCCUUGUAGGCGUGUUGCUUUACUCAGCUCUGCCUGCACGGCGUUUAUCUGCCUCUGCUCGCCACGUCUCCCAGCUCGGGCUACGCCCUGAGCCCCCUCCUAACCAGAGUCACGCCUUGUGGGUUGUCCGCUGACCCCCUUUGGGUUUGCUGCUUACACUUAGCUCCACCUCAUGGCCACGCCCCGAGGCCUUCCUCCCCUCCAGCCUUCCCAGAGUCUUUCCUCUUGGCCCGGCCACGCCUCGUGCCCCUCCUCUCCCAAGCCACAUCUGGGUUUUCCUAUUUCCAGUUCCAUCCGCUUGCCAAGCCGUUCAGGCCUAGUCAGUCUCUAGUCUUGGCGUCCAGACGGUCGUCAGGCCGCGCCAGUCCAGUCCCAGGGCCUCAGGCUCUUUCCUAGGAAAGUAGGGGUUCUCGGCGGGCCUCCGAAAGUCGCGCCGGUGUGGCCAGCCCGGCCACCUCGGCGCCCUCCAGGGAAGGCGGCCUCACCGCCACCGGAAACGGAAGCGCGCGACGGCCGGACCAUGGCGACGCUGUUUGACCUCCCAGACUUGGUGCUCUUGGAGAUCUUCUCUUACCUCCCUGUCCGGGACCGGAUCCGCAUCUCCAGGGUCUGUCACCGCUGGAAGAGGCUAGUGGAUGACCGGUGGCUAUGGCGACACGUCGACCUGACGCUCUACACGAUGCGGCCGAAAGUCAUGUGGCACCUCCUGCGCCGGUACAUGGCGUCCCGGCUCCACUCCUUGCGCAUGGGCGGCUACCUGUUUUCUGGCUCUCAGGCCCCACAGCUGUCCCCCGCCUUGAUGCGGGCUCUGGGUCAGAAAUGCCCCAACCUGAAGCGCCUGUGCCUGCACGUGGCUGACCUGAGCAUGGUGCCUAUCACCAGCCUACCUAGCACACUGAGGACCCUGGAGCUGCACAGCUGUGAAAUCUCCAUGAUCUGGUUGCAGAAAGAGCAGGACCCCACAGUGCUGCCACUGCUGGAAUGCAUUGUGCUGGACCGCGUGCCGGCCUUCCGUGAUGAGCAUCUGCAGGGCCUUACCCGCUUCCGAGCCCUGCGCUCGCUGGUGCUGGGCGGCACCUACCGGGUCACUGAGACCGGGCUAGAUGCCAGUCUGCAGGAGCUCAGCUAUCUGCAAAGGUUGGAGGUGCUGGGCUGCACCCUGUCGGCUGACAGCACCCUGCUGGCCAUCAGCCGCCACCUCCGAGAUGUGCGCAAGAUUCGACUGACCGUUGGGGGCCUGUCAGCCCAGGGCCUGGUCUUCCUGGAGGGAAUGCCUGUCCUGGAGAGUUUGUGCUUCCAGGGGCCCCUUAUCACCCCAGAAAUGCCCACACCCGCUCAGAUUGUGUCUUCCUGCCUCACCAUGCCUAAGCUUAGAGUGCUUGAGGUGCAAGGGCUGGGCUGGGAGGGCCAGGAAGCCGAGAAGGUUCUGAGCAAGGGCUUGCCCCACUGCAUAGUUAUUGUCAGGGCUUGUCCCAAAGAAUCCAUGGAUUGGUGGAUGUGAGGGAAUCACCCAUCUUUCUCUGGAACCUAACCUAGUGUUGAAAGUGACCUUCCAGCAAACCGAAGCAUGUAAAUUAAUCAGGCAUGAGGGAACCGGGGGUCUCAAGGAAAGGAAGCUAAGACCUCGGGGCUUCCUGAGCUGGGGUUACCUGCAAUCUGGGUCACCUCAGAUUUGUCAUCAACCUCUGGAAGGCCCAGUUCACACAUUUAGCAAUAGGCAUCAUAGCUACCUCGUGAUUCAUUUUUAAAUCUUUAACCUCCCCCACCCCCUUUUUUUUUUCCAGUAGCUAGGACUCAAACCCAUGGCCUUAGGUAUGGUAGACAAGCAGUGCUGCUGAGCCACACUGGAGCCCUGGGAAGCCUUAACAGACCCCAGAGACCCUUAGAGGGCUCGUUUGCCGGUGCAUGGCUCUGAG